GCAUUGGGACGGGAAGGAGGAGGCGAGAGAGAGAGAGCAGAGAGAGGGAGAGAGAGACUGCAAUCUCAUUUGUGAAUCGCGCUCAGUGCUGCAGCUCCAGAUUGCUAUAACACAUGCAGUGCAAAUGCAGGUAAGGCACACACACAAACUGCGGAUGCGAAAACAAACUUGGGACUGUGGUGUGUGUGUGCUCAGAUCUACAGCCUUGCAAAUUCCGGGCAAACGGCUUCUGCAGUUUCUGUCUCGUUGCUUUGUGACUAAUGACCUUGCGCAGAGUUGGUAAAAAAAAAUCCUCUCCGGAGAAAGAGCUGAACAUUGUAGGCGAUCUCUGAAGAUGGAUUUAGGUGCUUUUCUGCCAACCAAAGGGGAUAUUCCAUGGACUGCUCUGUAACACACGGGGUGCUUCUGCAUUGUGCAGCUACCGACAUUAUUGGGAUUUUUUUUUCUUUAUCUUUUAAAAUUAUUAUUAAUAUUUUUAAAGAACUGCCCAUGUUAAGAGGAUUUGGAGUUCUCCCGGACACGAGCCCGUUGAAUAAAGCAAAUCACAUUUUUUUCCUGUGUGUGCAGAUAGGGGAGAGAAUAAAUCUAAUGCGUUUGUCGUGAACGACUGAGAGGGCGAGAGAGAGAGAGAGAGAAGAGAGAGUGUGAAUUGUAGUUAACUCCGGUGUCGAAGAAGACGACCUGGGGGGCUUCAGAUCGCACGGUGCUGCUCCGGCUUUUAUUGCAAACCUUGCAAAGUGAUUACAGUAAAAUCAGGAGGAGGAGGAGAAGGGGGAGGAGGAGGAAAAUCCCAUCCUAUCUGCCGAGAUGAAUCUUUAAAAAGCAAAAUACACUGUCCCGUGAACUGUAAGUAUAUCGCAGCUGGGAGGCAGGGCGAGCAGCGGAGGAGGCAGCAGCGGGGUUUUGCCCACCGAUUGCACCAGCCAUGAGGCGCUAAGUUUCCGGGAGCAGAAGGAUUCUAUAAUUGCUCGCUCGGCCGCUCUGUUGGCUCAUCAGGGCAGUUUAUCGGGGAGUGCGAGGAGGGGGGGGGGGGGUCGGGAAGAAGAAGAUGAGGAAAAUGCGGACUCUUUUCGGCUUUGUGCAUUGCUGCUGCUGCUGCUUCUUGCUCCUCCUGCCUCCGCCGCUCCGGGUCAGCCUGGCAGCGGCCAAGCAGCUGCUGAGGUACCGGCUGGCCGAGGAGGGACCCGCCGACAUCCGCAUCGGCAACGUGGCCGCCGAUCUGGGCAUCGUGACGGGCUCCGGAGAGGUGACAUUCAGCCUGGAAUCAGGCUCCGACUACCUCAAGAUCGAUAACAUGACCGGGGAGCUGAGCACCACCGAGCGGCGCAUCGACCGCGAGAAGCUGCCGCAGUGCCAGAUGAUCUUCGACGAGAACGAGUGCUUCCUAGACUUCGAGGUGUCGGUCAUCGGCCCCUCGCAAAGCUGGGUGGACCUCUUCGAGGGCCGGGUCAUCAUCCUGGACAUCAACGACAACACCCCCACCUUCCCUUCUCCUGUCCUCACGCUCACCGUGGAGGAGAACCGGCCCGUGGGGACCCUCUACCUACUCCCCACCGCCACCGAUAGGGAUUUCGGCCGCAACGGCAUCGAGCGCUACGAGCUGCUUCAGGAGCCCGGCGGGGACGGGGGACGGCGCGGCGGCGGCGGGGGCGGCGGCGGCGGCGGCGGCGGCGGCGGCGGCGGGGGCGGUGCGGCGGCGGCCGGCCCGGAGAGCGCCCUCUACCCCAGCGGCAGCAAGCGGAGGCAGGAAGCGGAGGCCCGCAGCAGCGUGUUUGAGCUGCAGGUGGCCGACACCCUGGACGGGGAGAAGCAACCGCAGCUGAUCGUCAAGGGGGCGCUAGACCGGGAGCAGCGGGACUCCUACGAACUGAGCCUGCGCGUGCGCGACGGCGGCGAGCCCGCGCGUUCCUCGCAGGCCAUCUUGCGGGUGCUGAUCACCGACGUGAACGACAACAGCCCCCGCUUCGAGAAGAGUGUCUACGAGGCCGACCUGGCGGAGAACAGCAGCCCCGGGACCCCUAUCCUGCAGCUGCGAGCCGCUGACCUGGAUGUAGGGGUGAACGGGCAAAUCGAGUAUGUCUUUGGGGCAGCCACUGAGUCAGUGAGGCGGCUGCUGCGGCUGGAUGAGACCUCAGGCUGGCUUAGUGUCCUGCACCGCAUUGACCGUGAGGAGGUUAACCAGCUGCGCUUCACCGUGAUGGCCCGAGACCGUGGGCAGCCCCCUAAGACAGACAAGGCCACGGUGGUGCUGAACAUCCGUGAUGAGAAUGACAAUGUGCCCACCAUCGAUAUCCGAAAGAUUGGGCGCAUCCCACUGCGGGAUGGAGUGGCCAGCGUGGCUGAGGACGUGCUGGUGGAUACCCCCAUUGCUCUGGUGCAGGUGUCAGACCGGGACCAAGGCGAAAAUGGUGUGGUGACCUGCACUGUGGUGGGAGAUGUGCCCUUUCAGCUCAAGCCAGCCAGUGAGGGUGAAGGGGAGCCACAGAACAAGCGCAAGUACUUCCUCCACACCUCAGCCCCUCUGGACUAUGAGGCAGUGCGCGACUACAAUGUGGUGAUCGUAGCCGUGGACUCAGGCAGCCCUAGCUUGUCCAGCAACAACUCCUUGCUGGUGCGGGUCGCAGACACUAAUGACAACCCUCCUGUGUUUGGCCAGGCUGUACUGGAGGUCUCUUUCCCAGAGAACAAUCUGCCUGGUGAGAGGGUGGCCACGGUGGUGGCCACAGAUGCGGACAGCGGCAAGAAUGCUGAGCUCACCUACUCCCUGGAGCCCUCACCCCUCUCCUCGGAGUCACCGAGCGGCAUCUUCAGCAUUGACCCUGACUCUGGGGAUGUGUCUGUGCAGGUGGUGCUGGACCGUGAGCAGCGUGACACCUAUGAGUUCCAAGUGACGGCCCGAGACAAGGGGGUACCAUCACUGCAGGGCUCCACCAUGGUGGUGGUGCGGGUGGCGGAUCGCAAUGACAAUGAACCGCGCUUCAUGCAGGAUGUGUUCACUUUCUAUGUGAAGGAGAACCUGCAGCCCAACAGCCCCGUGGGCAUGGUGACUGUGAUGGACUUUGACAAGGGGCGCAAUGCUGAGCUCAGCCUCUCCAUACAGCCCAGUGAACAUGACCAGGCAACUGGCAUCUUCUCUAUUGAAAAUGACACAGGAACAAUCUACUCCACAGUCUCAUUUGACCGGGAGCAGCAGACCAGCUACACCUUCAAAGUGAAGGCUGUGGAUGGGGGUGAGCCAUCACGCUCAGCCACUGCUACUGUGUCCCUCUUCGUAAUGGAUGAAAAUGACAACGCACCCACUGUCACCUUCCCCAGCAACAGCUCCUAUACUGUGUUGCCACCCUCGAGCAACAUGCGCACUGUAGUGGCUACAGUGGUGGCCACUGAUGCUGACACCGGCCUCAACGCUGACCUCAACUACAGCAUUGUUGGAGGAAACCCCUUCAAGCUCUUCGAGAUUGAUCCAGCCAGUGGUGUGGUGUCACUGGUGGGCAAGCUGGCUCCCAAGCACUAUGGCCUGCACCGCCUUGUUGUACAAGUGAAUGACAGUGGCCAGCCACCCCAGUCAACAACCACCCUGCUCCAUGUCUUCGUCAAUGAGAGCUUGUCCAAUGCCACUGUGGUGGAGAGCCAGGUGGCACGCAGCCUCCACACACCCCUGGCCCAGGACAUCGCUGGUGAUCCCAGCUACGAGCUGAGCAAGCAGCGCCUCAGCAUUGUCAUCGGUGUGGUGGCUGGCAUCAUGACUGUCAUCCUCCUCAUCCUGGUGGUGGUCAUGGCCCGCUACUGCCGCUCUAAGGGCAAGCAUGGCUAUGAGGCUGGCAAGAAGGACCAUGAGGACUUCUUCACCCCACAGCAGCAUGACAAGGCCAAGAAGCCCAAGAAGGACAAGAAAGGCAAAAAGGGCAAGCAGCCCCUCUACAGCAGCAUUGUCACUGUUGAGGCUUCCAAGCCCAACGGGCAGCGCUAUGACAGCGUGAAUGAGAAGCUCUCGGACAGCCCGGGCAUGGGUCGCUACCGUUCAGUCAACGGUGGCCCGGGCAGCCCUGACCUAGCCCGACAUUACAAGUCGAGCUCACCACUGCCCACCGUGCAGCUGCACCCACAGUCCCCCACUGCUGGCAAAAAGCACCAGGCCGUGCAGGACCUGCCCCCGGCCAACACCUUCGUGGGCGCUGGUGACAACAUCUCCAUCGGUUCGGACCACUGCUCCGAGUACAGCUGCCAGGCCGGCAGCAAGUACAGCAAGCAGGUGGACACAGUACAGACUACGCAGCACCCUGACCACAUUGAGCCAUUUCGUAGAGUGACGUUUUCUGUUGUGAGUCAGCCUCAGGACCCACAUCAAGGGUCAUUGCAGAGUUGCUAUGACAGCGGUCUGGAGGAGUCAGAAACACCAAGCAGUAAGAGUUCAUCAGGGCCAAGACUGGGUGCCCUUCCACUCCCAGAGGACAACUACGAAAGGACUACGCCGGAUGGCAGUGUUGGUGAGGCAGAGCAUAUGGAAAAUGAUUCAAGGCCUCUGCCAGAUGUAGCCCUGACAGGGAAGUGUACCCGAGAGUGUGAUGAAUAUGGCCACUCGGACUCCUGCUGGAUGCCAGUUCGCACUUCUCCUGAAAGAAAGCAGAAGAGCCAGCCAAAACUCUCCACUUUCAUGCCUGUUGAUGAACGGGGCAGUCAGGAAAAGCUGGCCAAUGGAGAAGCUUCCCUCAUGGGUGAUCGCAACAGAAACCUCCUUAACAAAAAGUUGACCUCAUCCUAUGAGACCUUCAGCGCCGCUAAUUUCAGCAAAAAAGAAGAAGGCAAUCCAGAAGAUAUCCCCCUUACACAGACAGGGGAAUACAAGCCAUCUCCUGUCAAUACUCUAACUAGAAGAGAAGUUUACCUGUAGGCUAAAAAGCAGCAACAAAUUUCUUUCAUGUUGUAAGCAAGAAAAGGGGCAAAAGUCUUAAAAUCAAAACAAUUUUAACAAAAAUAAGAAACAAAAAGUGGAGGCCACCAAAGAGACAUAAGCUCUGCUUGCCACUUCUGCCUCCAUAGCAGGCAUUUAAUUAUACUGUCUGCCUGACUAUACUGUACAAUGUAGAAAAUGUUGUUACUUGCAUGUCAAAUCCCCCCUCACCACUUUUUAUUUUCCUAAAUCUAUGGUUGCAAACUCCUCCCAUAGUAAUGAGCUUGAUUAAAAAGAACACAACACGUUGUUGUUUCUCCUCUGCAGAAGCAUGAGUUAAGCCACUCAUUUUUUUGAUGGUCAUCUGGCUUGUUGAGGAUAACGGGUCAGGGAAAAUAUAUUCAAAGCAUAUCAUCUGAAUAUUGCUGAUCCCCACCAGGGACAAUCCUUCAGAAACCAUACAGAUAUAAAGAUAAAUAUAAAGGCAUAAUCAUUAAUAGGCACUUUGUGAAGACCACAGCUUUAAUAUUCUCACCUCUCAUCUGAUGCCGGAUGCGACAGAGAUAUGUUCAGCUUGAGACUGCCGUCCAAAACAUGGCAAACUUUCUUAUGAAUCAUGAACUCUGGUUCUGUUUUAUCCAUAGAACAAAUGUGUUCUAGCUGUGUCUCUUUCUCUCCUCUCUCAUUCUUUGUAAUGAUUACUUCAAUGUAAACACAAUUAGUAACACAUAUACCGUAGCAUAGUAAUGAUAAACUCUUGAAAUUAUUUUUCUGGACAAGACUAACAUCUAACUGGGAAGAUAGUAAUAACAAAAAGGCCAAAGAUCACACUAUGGAUCAGGGGAACUGCUAAGUAUUGGGGCUUGGCAUAGAAAACUAAUAUACUCAUACACAUGUACUCAUAGGAUACCUUCAGUUACAUUUGCACAGCAGCACAUUCUACAAGCCCAGAUGACAAUAUUUUUUCCAGUGUGGUUCAGUUGAAUGCCCAGAAGAAAUGAUGUGGGGUUUUUUUUGUGAUGACAUGAUAUGUUGCAGCAGAUGUUUCAUAUAUGAUACUGCCAGUUCCAGGGAAUUUAUGAGGUCAAAAUUAAAAAAUAAUAGUAUUGCUAGAAGGCUGUAUUAGUGAGAAUGCUUGGUAGGAUGAAGGUGGACAAUGUGGUGAUACAAUGACAAGAGAAUAUUAAAACUCAAAUAUAAAGCCUUCUUUUCAGAGUGCAAGGAAUGAUUGCUGAGUCUUUUGUCAUCGGUGUUGCAGAUUGAUUUUUAUCAAAGAGGUAAUGCAGGUUUUCUUGAAACACAAGUGCAUUAAAGCCAAGUGAAGUGCAAUACUAAACAGUGUCAAGACUCAGAACAUUUAGGCUAGGUAGAAAAUAAACAGUGUGAUAUGAUACUCACCUAGUGGAUCAAGAUGAGUCAAAAGGAAUCCAAACUGUCUACAAUAUGCAAGAGCUCUGGGCUAUAAUGAUUCUCACAGUGAGCACUUCAGGAAAGGAAGAGGAAAUGAAACAGGUUUUUGUGCAAUAAAAGCUACAAAAUGUGCAGAACUUCAGCCAGUUUCUCCCUAUCUGAUGCUGCAGUAAUAAUGACAAACAGCGCAGACAUUCAGAUGAAAGUGACAAUUGAAGGACACAGCUUGAGAAGGGGAGAAGCAUUCUAAUCCCUGGCUGUUUCACCUGGCAUUAAAGCAUGAUUAGAUGGCUCUCUAGAUACUGUAGUCAUAAUGUAGCUUUGGGUAGUUUCUUAGAAAUAACCUUAAACAGCCUAUAGUAGAGGUUGCUAAAUCAAUACAACUCAUCACAUUUAUCUUUUGAAUUCACUUGUCCAUUUAGUUGGAGAUGCUGUUUCUGGCUGUUCCAUUCUCUUCUCUUAGGUUUACCUUCUUCAUGUAACAUUAGUUUGUGUACAGCAGUUAUGAUGAAUGGGCACAUUUUAGAAAGAAAAUCAAAGAUUAAUAACGAUUGAACAUUCUUAUGUUUAAUUAUUUAAGUAAUAUGAAGACAUGCAAACCAGUACUUUGUUAUGAGACUGCAUAGAGCAGUUACUGCUUUGUAUAAUCUGUAAGUACCUGUUUAAAAAUGCUUCUAAAAUGCUUAUGUAAUGUAUACACAUUUUUCUUGCACGUUUCAACAGAAUACACAAUUGCAUAAUAAAUGUUCAACAGAAUUUCCUUUGAUAAAUUUUUAUUUAAAAUUACACACACAAAAGAAAUAGGUAGCUUGGUUCAAUAUAUUGUUAAACCCUUUGACACAAAAGAAAUAGGUAGCUUGGUUCAAUAUAUUGUUAAACCCUUUGUCUUUGACACUAAUAAUUCAGGUCAUAGAAGACCUUCAGAUUAAAUGGGUCGGCAGUCACUCACCGAUUUUCACACCACAUUAAGACAGUCAUUAAAUACUUUACCUGUGUGCAUCUCCUUAGAACUAAAUGGGUGUGAAAGAAUUUUUUUAAAGUUCUAUCUACUGUAAGUAUUCACAACAAUUCUAGUAGAACUAGCCACUAUUAACAUGCUGAUAACUCUUCUGACCUGGCAUGACACACAAAUAUACUUUGUGUUUGUAUUUCUCUUUUUAUUUUAAAUAGGUUAAAUCUGGUGCCACUCCAUAAAUAGAGUGCUUUUGUAUAAAAAUAAAUAAACUAUAAAAAAUAAUUAGGGUGAAUGCAAAAUAUGCAACUGUGCCUUUUAUACCUGUUAUUAUGGUAGAGUGGUAUUUGGGUUUGGACACAGAGGGAUAAGGGGCUAUUCCCAACUUUUUUGAACCUGUAUAUUUACCUGCUUAUUUUCUGAGAAAUUAUAAAUAAUAUAUUUAAAAACAAGUCUUUUGCCAAACUCAGUUAAUGGACCAGUCUUAAGCAUUAUUGACACAAUGCUGUGGUUUAAAUAUGUCUUGAAGGUUAUUUUGUUUUUUGUUUGUUUGUUUUUUGUUGUUGUUUUUCUAAAUUAAUCUUUGUGGGGGGUCUUGGAUUGUCUUCAUUUGUUUUUUAAUUCUGCAGCCUGGAGAACAAUGAUCAGUCUAUACUAUAGUUGUUUAGCAAGGUGUCACCAGUUCAUGUUGCCAGGAAAAUUGUCAAACAAUUUCUUUUUAAUUGGUUUUUGCUGCCAUCACAUUUCAGUUGUACAGUACAGAAAUCAUCUUUUUAUUUCUUUCCAUGGUAAACUCGAAUGAGCUUUGCAUGUGUUUUACAUUAGGGCACCUUUAUAGAUUGAUGCAUUAAUAUAUAACUUUAUAUGUAUUAGAAAAUUCAAUAGCUUUGGUCUAAAAUCUAAUGCUCAUUUUGGAUCUCAGAUCCACUAUGUUUAUUCAACAUGAUUUCUGACUGGCCUGCUGCCUGAGUUUCAGGAAAAAAAAAAAAAAGGUAAACAUUAUUUUUAUGUGGGGGAAGAAUUUAAAUGGGAUUCAGAUGAUUGACUGAAAGGCUACCCUAGGAAGUUGUCAAGUAGGAAAGCAAGAAGUAUAGUUGAAGGCUUGCCACAAGCACAGCUAUCACCAAACACUUGUAAGAACUUGAACAGUGAAAUAUUUUUCCUUUUCUUUCAUUGGUGAUAAAUGUACAGUGUUUCCUUAAGGAAUGAAGCAGAUGAAAUAGCAAUAGAGAUAAAAUUCCAUCAGUUAAGUUGUAUUAUUGACUGAAAAGCAUAAACACAAGAAAGAAGAAAAAUUUACCAGCUACCUAGGGUAUGCUUUCAGACAAGUUUUUCCUAAAUUUUAAAGCACUUGCAUUCAGUGUGGUACGAUCUGUUUGUAAUAUUAAUCAUUGACUAUUGUUCUGCAACUUGGAUGUUGAUAGUGAAGCAGAGAACAAUUUAUCAUUGUUUAUUAUGAAUCACUAUGCACGCAACUAUGCUAAACAUGGCAAAAUGUAUUAAACGCUAGUCCACCUCUAUUUAUGAAAUAUUUACAUAAUUUAAUUUGCUUUUGUACAGUUUUAUGUAAAUAAAUUGCUUGUCAUUUUUGUCUCUGCAAAUUAAAAUAUAACAUGUUCAACUGGUUGCUCA